AUGACCGGGAGGGAAGGCGGAAAUGCAGUUCCGUCUUCAAGUGCGGGUAAUGCAGGUGCUAGUGGAGUUACUGGGGUAACGCGACGCGGAAGAUGUAAAUGGUUUAACGUGGCUAAAGGCUGGGGAUUUAUCACACCAGACGAUGGUGGUCAAGAUGUCUUCGUACAUCAGAGCGUUAUUCAAAUGCCGGGCUUCAGAUCAUUGGGAGACGAGGAAGAAGUGGAAUUUGAGUGUAAAGAGUCUGAAAAGGGUUUGGAAGCAACUCGUGUUUCGGGACCAUCUUCAGUUGACUGCCAGGGCUCACACCGUCGUCCACUCUCUAAAAAACGCUUCAGAAAAAUACGUUGCUAUAACUGUGGGGAAUUCGCAAACCAUAUAGCUGCCAAGUGCAGCAUUGGACCACAACCAAAGAGAUGCCACAACUGCAAGAGCGAAGAUCAUCUUAUUGCAGAUUGUCCUAUUAAGGUGGAAAAGAAAAAAGAAGAGUCACAAUCGAAGAGUUCAGGCAGCUCUCCCGGUAGCCAACAGAGCAGUCCCCAACAGUCAUAA